AUGGGAGGCCUAAAACGUAAGAUCAAGAUUGAGAAAAUCGAAAAGAAAACAGUUAAAUCGGUUGCUUUCACCAAACGCCGUAACGGUCUCUUCCGUAAAGCAACAGAGCUCUGUCUUCAGUCUCCAAACACUCAAAUCGCAAUCUUAACGACGCCUCCUUCUUCCAAGUCUCAUGCUUCUUUCUACUCUUUCGGCCACUCCUCUGUCGACAACGUCGUCUCUUCUCUGCUCAACGAUCACUCUCCUCUUCCGACAAACCAAGAAGAGAACAUGUCAGCUGCCGGAUUAGGGUUUUGGUGGGAGGACGAAGCUCUUAUUAACACAUCGGAGAACGUCGAAGAACUGAAAGAUGCGAUCGAUGCGGUCUCGACUAUGUUGAACAGUGUGAAGCUACGGUUAGAUGAUGCUGUGAAGAGUACUUAUCAAAGAGAUCAUGGAGCUUUAGUGAUUCAUGAUCAGGAGGACAAUCUUCAACUUUGCAACACCAAUACGAACAACAACGUCGAAGAGACUACGAAUCAAAUUACAAAUUUUGAAGGASCCUCYGGUUCUGGAACUUUGGUACAYAAUCUUCAGCUUUGCAACACCAAUACGAACAACAACGUCGAAGAGGCUACGAAUCAAGUUCCUAAUUUUGAAGGAGCCUCUGGUUCUGGAACUUUGGUACUGAUCGGGGAGGAAAAUUUCUACUUUGAUGAUAUUCUUAACGAAAUUGAUCCACUUUGA